AUGAUUGUGCCAUCAAUCUUUGCCCUUGCUGCCUUCGCCAAGACUGCAUCAGCGGCAGCAGCCGCAUCGACAGGCUUCACUGCACCAGCUCCUGCACCAACUUCUGAAUCACCCUUCUAUGUUGGUCCUGCAAACAACACCAUUACCAACACGCCCAUCGUUCCCGGGAAGGUGUUUGACCGCUUCAUUCAGAUCUGGUUGGAGAACACGGACUUCGAUUCGGCAGCCUCUCAGCCAGUCUUCCAGUCCCUCGCUGCGGAGGGCAUUACCUUGACCGGGUACUAUGGCGUAACCCAUCCAAGUGAACCAAACUACCUCGCUGCGGUUGGUGGCGACUUCUUCGGUCUGGCUGAAGAUUCUUUGGAGUACAUUCCCACCAACAUGUCCACUGUUGUGGACUUGCUCGAUCAGAAGAACAUUAGCUGGGCUACUUAUCAGGAAAAUAUGCCCACGGAUGCCUAUGAAGGAUACAACUUUACGAAUUCUGACAAUUAUACCUACUACGUGCGCAAGCACAACCCGUUGGUCAUCUACGAAUCCGUAGCGAACAUCAGUACCAGGGCGGCGCGUAUUAGGAACUUCAACGACUUUGCUGUCGAUGUUGGUAACGAUUCGCUUUCUCAGUGGAUUUUCAUCACCCCGAACCUCCGCGAUGAUGGUCACGAUACUACUGUUGGAUAUGCUGCCUCCUGGCUUACCUAUUGGCUCUUACCCUUGCUCAACGAUACAAGCUUCAACACCAAUUCGACCCUCAUCUUGCUCACCUUCGACGAAAACGAGACCUAUACGAUUGGUAACAACGUAUUCAGCAUCCUCCUGGGUGGAGUGAUCCCCGCGGCCAUGAAGAACACCACUGAUCCAACGUUCUAUACGCAUUACUCGACACUUUCAACUGUCGAGAACAACUGGGACCUUGGCAACCUCGGUCGUCAGGACACCAACAAGACAGUGGCUAAUGUUUUCGAGAUCGUUGCUAACAUCACCUCAUAUCAAAACAACAACCUCACAGGUUCCUCUGCCUCCCUUCCCCAGCUCAAUAUCACUGGGACCAUCCCAGGGACCGUUGAACCCUGA